ACAUGUCGACAACAGCAUCAGCUGUGCUGCUAUUAAAAGAGUUCAAAUCCCAGAGUAUUGCUCUGGCAGCGCUGCAGCCCGUCAUGUCAGAGGAGCUCUGUGAAUGAGCUGCUGAGGCGAGCAGCUCCUCGGGAGGCGAAUAAAAACCCCAGAACACCUGCAGAGGCCUCAGAAGCAGAUAUCCUGCAGGAGAUGGACUCAGUUUGGACCACCACUGUUCUCCUGGUUCCUUGUGUGAUCGUGCUCACAGCUGGAUUCUUCUACCUCUAUAGCUUCAUCAUGGGUCUGCUGUCCAAAACGUCAGUACGCAACAAAGUGGUGGUUGUAACCGACGCUUUAUCCGGGCUUGGAAAAGAAUGUGCAGGUGUGUUUCACCGAGGAGGAGCGAGGCUGAUCCUCUGUGGGAAGAGUUGGGAGGAGCUUGAAGAACUUGCCGAUGAUUUGGCGAACGCCUCAGACCCAACUCUGACGUUUCCCUCUAAACUGGUGCUGCUGGAUUUCGGAGACAUGGACAGCAUGCCCGAUGUGAUCUCUGAGAUCCUGGAGUGUUACGGCUGCCUGGACAUCGUCAUCUUCAACAGCAGCAUGAAGAUCAAAGCUCCGGCACAGGACGUGUCUCUGGAGAUGGACAAGUUACUGAUGGACAACAACUACUUUGGACCGGCCACGCUGGCCAAAGGUUUGCUGCCCUCAAUGAUCUCCAGGAGAACCGGUCACCUGCUCCUGGUCAACAGCAUCCAGGGGAAAAUAGCUGUGCCUUUUCGCACUUCAUACGCAGCCUCUAAACAUGCGGUCCAGGCCUUCUUCGACUGCCUGAGAGCUGAAGUGGAAGAGUUCGGCAUCUCCGUCAGCACCAUCAACCACACCUUCAUCAGUUGCUCGGCCUCGUCCGACACAGAAGCCUCCAAAUCCAUCUGGUCAUUGUUGUACACAAAGAAACCUCUCGGCGUUUCUCCGGACGAGGCAGCGACUGAGAUCGUGAAGACGUUGAGCAACAAGAGGAAAGAGGUGCUGAUCGCUCCCUCGCUGCCGAAGGUGGCGCUCUUCACCAGAUGCUUCUUCCCCGACGUGUUCUUCUCUGUGAUGGCCGCAGGAGUGAAGAGCGCUGCAGCCGCUGAGAACAUGUAGUGUGAUCACUGAGGAUGUGUUUCAUGAUGUUUCACCCUUUCACCCAAGCAGGCAAUCUAAAACAUGAUCAAUAAUCUGUUGUUUGUCCUGUUUGCACUAUUCAAGAUGUUUAAGCCAUAUGGCCAAGAUGGUUAACUUACAUUUAUCAUUUAAAAAUAAUGUCCACAGAGCAUUUGGGAUGCAAAAUACAUCCAAAGGAUAAUUCAUAUGUUAAGUUAUGCUUUGAUUGUUCACAGUGUUCUGUAUAUUUUGCAUGUAAACAUGCAGAAAAUUAUCAUCAAGGUGCAGCAUUGACAUAAAAAAUAGUCAUUAAAAAGAAAAUGUUGUAUUUGUUCUUGUAUUUGUGGCUUUACAAGAGAAAUAAAAAGCAUUUAU